GAGGGAGAGAGGUGGGCAGCAUUGAAGGAACUGAGUUCAUACAAUACUACUGAGACAUCUACAGCUUAGCAGACAGAUACGGUGAACCGCCUAUCCAUCCCGGCUCCUGUAAGUGAUGCUGCACUGAGGCACACUUUGAUCCAACUCCAUUGGGGGGCGAUGCGCUCUCUUCUUCUGCAUCCCUCCUUUCAACAAGAGUGUUUUUUGGGGGAGCGCGCACAAAUCUCGAAUCAGUUCCAAAAAACAAGUGGUUAUAAAAUAAAUUAGGUUUAAGCUUUUUUUUUUUUCUCCAUCCUUUUUUUUUUGCGCUCUUGGAUUGAAGUUUUACGCGCGAGGUCAAGACGCCUUUAACGUGCAAGUUAGGUGCCAGGUACAAAAAGUAGGAAUUUUCAAGGCUAUAUAUAGGCUAUAGGGAUAUACAAAGUUAAUGUAGAACAAGCUUGGAUCAAUGCGUAUCUCCUGGCCGUGGGAUUUUGCGAAAGAGGAAUUACAGCGUCCUUUUCCAAUCAAAGUUGAUAUCGCUUGUGCAUGGUUUCUUUUUUCUCCUGCCUGCACAUGAGGACCACAGUUUUUCCUUUAGCGCAUGGAUAAGUUUUUGUAGUGGAUAACAUUUUUUUUUCUACUUGCAUCCUGAUGAGGAUCCUUCCCCCCCAACCACACACACACUUCAGUUUAAUUCAUGGCACUUCUUCUUCUUAUUUUUUGUAAAUCAGUGAUGUCUCCACGCGACGGUACUCACGGUUGAUUCUUCAUCCUAUUCGAGCAGGAAAAAAAAGAAUUGCUGUUGUAGAAGUGAAGCUCCCAUCCACUCUCGAGUAUGGACUUAGCAAGUCAGGCUCAUGCGCUGGUGGUCUUGCUCGCCUGCGUGCUCUUGCUAUGCCGGGCCCAGGAGAGGGACUACACGGUGAAGGAGGAGCAGCCGGAGAACGUCCGCAUCGGGAACCUGCGCAAGGACCUGGACCUCAACCUGGACCCCAGCAUCAGGUUAUCCUCACCGCUGCAGUUCAAGCCUGUGUACAAGACAGGCGACGUGCCUUUGGUGAGGGUGGAGGCCAACACGGGGGAGAUCUUUACCACCAAUCAUAGGAUCGACCGGGAGAAGCUGUGCUCGGGGGUCUUCGCCGAGAAACGCUGCUACUACGAGAUCGAGGUGGCCGUGCUGCCGGAUGAGAUCUUCCGAUUGGUCAAGAUCCGCUUCCUGAUCGAGGAUGUAAAUGACAACGCGCCGCUUUUCCAGUCCACUGUAAUAAACAUCUCCAUCCCAGAGAACACAGCCAUCAACACCCGAUACCCAGUGCCCUCAGCGUUUGACCCCGAUGUAGGAAUCAAUGGGAUUCAACACUAUGAACUGGUCAAGAGUGUCAGCGAGUUCGGCUUAGACAUCAUCGAGACUCCUGAAGGGGACAAGUGGCCGCAGCUUAUCGUCCAGCAGAACCUGGAUCGCGAGCAGAAGGACACCUUUGUCAUGAAGAUAAAGGUCGAGGAUGGCGGCAACCCUCCCAAGUCCAGCACCGCCAUCCUCCAGGUCACCAUCUCCGACGUCAACGACAAUCGCCCCGUUUUCAAGGACAGCGAGCUGGAGGUCACGGUGCCGGAGAACGCCCCAAUGGGGACGUCGGUCGCCCAGCUCCACGCCUCGGACGCAGACCUGGGCUCCAACGCGCAGAUCCACUUCGCCUUCAGCAACCAGAUCUCUGCCUCAACCAAACGUCACUUUGCCAUCGACAGCUCCACGGGGUUGAUCACUGUGAAGCAGCCACUGGACAGGGAGGUGACUCCUGUUCACAAACUCAUCGUCCUCGCCAGCGACGGCAGCUCCACCCCAUCCAGAGCCACAGUGAUUGUUAAUGUAACAGACGUUAAUGACAAUGUUCCCUCCAUAGACACUCGCUACAUUAUCAACCUGGUUAAUGGGACUGUUCUGCUGUCUGAGAACGCGCCUCUCAACACCAAAAUAGCCCUCAUCACUGUUACUGACAAGGAUGCAGAUCUUUAUGGCAAAGUAGCUUGCUACACUGACCAUGAUGUUCCUUUUCGGUUGAAGCCUGUCUUUAAUGACCAAUUCUUACUGGAGACAGCUGCCCCCCUAGAUUAUGAGACGACUCGAGAAUAUGCAAUUAAGAUAGUGGCCUCGGAUAGGGGGACUCCUCCUUUGAACACUUCAGCUAUGGUUUUAAUUAAAAUCAAGGAUGAGAACGACAAUGCGCCCAUCUUCCCCCAGCCGGAAAUCCAACUUUCCAUACCGGAGAACAAUGACCCCUCUACACAGUUAAUAAAAAUCAGCGCCACUGACGCAGACAGCGGACAUAAUGCUGAGAUUAUUUAUACUCUUGGCCCUGAUGCGCCUGACGGGUUUAACAUAGACAGACGGUCAGGAAUUCUCUCCGUUGGCAAACGGCUGGACAGAGAGAAGCAGGAGAGGUACUCAUUCACUGUCAUAGCGAGGGACAAUGGCUCCGCGUCCCUGCAGAGCAAUGUCACCGUCAGGCUAAUCGUCCAGGACCUUAAUGACAACAGCCCGGCUUUCACACACCCUGAGUACAACUUCUACGUGCCUGAGAACCUGCCUCUUUAUGGAACCGUGGGCUUAAUCACAGUGACGGACGCAGAUGCAGGAGAUAACGCGAUUAUAACCCUGUCCGUUUUGAACGGGAAAGAUAAUUUCAUCAUCGACCCUCAAACUGGCGUGAUCAAACCCAACAUCACCUUUGAUAGGGAGCAGCAAAGCUCCUACACAUUUAUGGUCAAAGCAGUAGACGGAGGGCAACCUCCAAGCUCCUCCUACGCCAAGGUCACCAUCAAUGUGGUCGAUGUGAACGACAAUCGCCCCGUGUUCGUCAUCCCGUCCUCCAAUUACUCAUAUGACCUGGUGCGAACCACCACCACCCCUGGCGCUGUGGUCACCAGAGUGUUUGCCAUUGACAAUGACACAGGUAUGAAUGCCGAGCUGCAGUACAGCAUCAUCAGCAGCAUCAUCAUCACAUCUAGGGUCUCCCCUCGAGGUCUCUUCGCCAUCGACAGAACAACGGGUAACAUAACACUGCAGGAGAAAAUAGUGGCGGCUGAUCUGGGGCUGCAUAGGCUGGUAGUCAAGGUCAAAGAUCUAGGUCAGCCGGAGUCAUUACACGCCAUCGCACUUAUUCACUUGUUCGUCAACGACACUGUGUCAAAUGCUACCUUUAUCCAAGAGCAGCUGCGAAAAAGCAUGGAGACACCCUUGGAUCGUAACAUAGGGGACAGCGAGGUAACACCUCAAGCCAACGGAUACGUGAUUGUUGUCAUAGCAAUCAUAGCAGGGACCAUGACUGUCAUCUUGGUGAUAUUCGUGACCGCCUUGGUGCGUUGCAGACAGACGCCCCGGCACAAAGUGGUGCAGAAGGGCAAGCAGAGCGGCGAGUGGGUGUCGCCCAACCAAGACAACCGUCAGAUCAAGAAGAAGAAGAAGAGGAAGAAGCGAUCCCCCAAGAGCCUCCUCUUGAACUUUGUGACCAUAGAUGAAUCCAAGCCUGACGACCCCACGCAUGAGCACGUUAAUGGCACACUGGAUCUCCCCGUGGAGCUAGAGGAGCAAACCAUGGGGAAGUACAACUGGGCCACCACGCCCACCACCUUCAAACCCGACAGCCCAGAUUUAGCCAAGCAUUACAAGUCGGCGUCCCCUCAGCCUACAUUUCAAAUCAAACCGGAGACUCCAGUGGCCCCAAAGAAACACCACGUGAUCCAGGAGCUCCCCUUGGACAACACGUUCGUGGUGGGCUGCGACUCACUCUCCAAGUGCUCAUCGACUAGCUCCGACCCGUACAGUGUCUCAGAGUGCAGCUGUCAGGGGGGAUUCAAGACUACGGGGCAAAUCACCACCCGACAGAACCUGAGCCAGACACCGGAGAAGUCUUUCAACUCACCGCCCCCCAUUUGUCCUCAUAAGGAGGCCUGUCAACUUGGCAAGAUAAUCUCUGUGAAUACGCAGCGCCGCGUGACGUUCCAUCUCCCAGACGGUUCCCAGGAGAGCUGCAGUGACAGCGGGCUGGGAGACCCGGAGCCUAGCAGCACGGCCAGCACCACCCAGCCUCUUCCCCUCAGCUUCCCCCAGGAGGAGUACUACGAGCAAACAUCACCCAACAGCCGCACCGAGGGAGAUGGAAACUCAGACCCGGAAUCCACCAUCGAGGUGAACCUACAGAAAGCCUUGGCUGAGGCCUCUGAGACCUGUACCCAGGAGUGUCUGAUACUGGGCCACUCCGACAGCUGCUGGAUGCCCCCAGCCCUGGCCCAGUUCCAGGGUCCUGGCAGCAACAGCCCCACCUCCACCCCCAUCACCACCGCCAUCACCGGCUCAAUGCCCUCUUUUGGCUUCCAGCAGAGCUGCGCCCGGGGAGCCAAAGCUAACAUGGUCAGCAUGGGGGUCAUGGAUGGUCGCCAUACCCUGGGCCGGUCCGUGCCCAAAAGAGACGACCUGGACAAAGGGAUCAACCGGCCGCAGUUCUACAACACCCUGGAUAGACACUGCAGUAAGAAGGAGGACCCCAUCAAGGUCAUCCCCCUGGCGAGCUUCUCCUCCCCCGGGCAGCAGACGUCCACCGGAGGGGGCAGCGGCUCUUUCUUACACGAGCACCAGUUGUAAGAGUGAAAGACAGAUCCUCAUCCGCCCUGACAUACAUGUGACUCAACCCAUAGACGGCUUGUUGUCAGUGACUUUAUGAUCGGUGUGUAUGCGUGGAGGUAUGCAUCAUUUGAAUAUAACUUUGACCAGCUCCAGCUCCGUUUGACUAAUGAAGACAUCUGAGAACGGAUUCCAUCGUGAUGAUGAUGUUGUUCAGACAAAAUCACAUGGGAUCAGUCUGACAGCUAAAGCGUUCGCGAAAGGAAAUGGAAGUCUUAACAUAGCGGGCCCGUGUAUAAUAAAUAAAGGUAGUUCUAUACCAAAGUAGAUCAAUCACAGAAAGAAAAAAAAACAAUUUUGCUUUCAGUUUGGUGAUGUUUGCUUAGUGAUAAGAAAGGGCGAUGUACGCUUUAAGCCCCUUUGGUCCCAGCUUAGUGGAAUUGUGUCCUAAAAAGACCAUUUCUUUCUUUGCAAAUACUUUGUGUUGCGCGAGCUAAAUCAGGCUAAAUGUUAAUUAUGAGCCGUUUCUGUUCAAGUUCUAGUGAAGUAUUGCUCUGUAUAACACGCAGCACAAACUCCUUUGGUGGUGGAAGAUGUUUCUUUUGUCUCGCCUGAACGUGUUUCAGAAGUCUAUUUUGGUCAGGGGACUGCAGAAGGAUAAAAAAAAAAAAAAAAAAGUCUACAAAGCAUAACUAGGCCAAUGGUAGACAACACCGGUAAUCUUUUUGCAUUCUACAUUUUCACCGUGGACCAGCACACAAAAUAUAACACACAUACACACACAAGAUGUUUUCCAUACGGUGGUUGCUCCAUCUCUGCCAACUCUAUUAAGAAAACAUUCACUCCUUGCAUUAUCUCGGCAGCUUAGCCUUGAAAGGCGCCGACAGAGGUGCUUUCGUACCCUUUAUUUCCUUCCCUUUGUUUCUAUUUCUCACAUUUUGCUGCUCAGAAACACACAGUAACAACAGCCAUGGAGCCAAUUAUGAAAUCCUCGGUCUAAUUACUUUGAUGUGUGAUCUCAGUGGCGACCCUCGUUGUGGUUAGGAAUGGCUCUCUUGGCUAGCCAGAAACACGCUCUGCAUGUGCGGAGGCAAUGAAAAGGUGACAAGCUCUGAAAUAACAGCUUUGAAUUUGCUCCUUUUCUUCCCAUCGUAUCAUUAAUAACACCUUUUGUUCUUGCUAUUAAUUACUAUUGUGUGUUUUUAUACAACUCAGUUUGAAUGCAAAUUUUCUAUUAUCAGUUUUUACUAUGUGUCGACACUGGAAUAAUAGACCAGGGUGCAAGAAUUUCUGCAGAGCCCCGAGUCAAACUAAAUUAUUGAUGUUAAUGUUAUUUUCGCAGUUAUCAUACGGAUAGGCAUUGGCACUAUUUGAAAGGACCUCCCUGCGGGCUGCCCCCUCGCCACGGUUUCAUCAUACAUGCACUGCAUCACUGCCUGUGUGUGUAAACUGUACUGAUGAUGAUAACUGCUUGAGACUAACUUGCUGCUCUAACAGAUUGGGUGCAGUAUAAUCUAUUGCUACAGCAAUAAGUGACUUUGCUGAUAUCCAUUUUUCUCUGCAGUAACACCCAAGCCAGGUGUCUACAUCAUCAGGUAUAUGAUUCAUGCGAUUCAUUUUCUCGUACCAUCUUGCAAAUUGGGAACAGGCCUAAAUCUAUAAUGCAAUGUGGCGUCCUCGAGGGAAGGCGCGAGGCAAAUUGUGUUUGCAUGCUCUUAGCCACCACGCCUAUUCUCUCUGAUACUUGGGGGUCAGGACUCUUAUCAUUAUAAAGAGGAUUUAUCUGAGAGUCAGUGAAAUGAUCACUUAAAGGAGCGGGUUGUCAAGGACACAGAAGAGGAGCAAUUCAAUUUCACCUUCAGUCAAUUAGGAAAAUGAAUUCAAUUCAAAACAAGCAACUUAAAUAAAUCCUCCUAUAAACAUCCCUCGGUGAAAAUGUCCCAGGUUGGGAAUCCAAUUUCAGCUCAUUUACUGAUGCUUUUUUGAUACACUUUUUCAUCUCAUUUCAUUGUUAUAGCACAGACAGAUGUAUAAACAAUACAUAUUUAAUCAAACGGAGCACAUAUCAAAGGGAGCAUACAUCCUGAUGUCACGGAAAAAUUGGAUUUUAUCACUCUGACAAAUGCAAAUCCAACACUUGUUUUUUUAUCCAAAUGUUGCCUCAAAAAAAACAACAAAAAAGUCUUUUCAGUCUCUGUUUACAAUUAUGUGAAUAAGUAGGGCAAAGAAAUUCCUGGUUGGAUCUUUUUCAUACAAAAAUAUAUCUGGAAAAAUAACAAUUGGGUUUUAAAGAAACUUUCAAGUACAGACAUUAUCUGCUGCUGGAGUGUUAAAAAUAAAUAUGACACAGGGGUUUGUUUCCUCCCUCAGAAUAUCCAUGAAAUAUAUACGGGACAAUACACUGUCACACUGUAAUAAAUAAAAUGUGAUUGUUUGAAAUAAUUGAUCCAAUCACAUGUGUACAUUAAGCACAAUAUUACCUGUGACAUCUGUAACCCUCACUGUGUUUUAACAUACAUAACUCCCGUGUAAUGUUAAUGUCGCAGCAGCUACAUUAAUUGAACGACGACUUCUAGAGGGAAUAGUAUAAUAACUGCAUGAAUGUACAUCUGUAGGAUGUUGCUUUUGAUACCUACAUGACUUUUUUUGUCUACUGCAGUCCUGUUUUGUUUUACUAUUUGCCCUUCUAGAGGUAAGACUAGUGGUGUGGUGUUUAUUUAUUUCUCAAACAAAAGAGCAUACCAUAUGAAUGUGUAUUUUUAAUUUUUAUUUUUUUUAUUUUUUGGGGUUGGGGGAUGAGGCUCCCCUGAGUAAGUAGUGUCACUCUGUGUCAAAGGUCUUCAUCAUUCACAAAACACACAGUGAAAUAAACAAAACGUGGAGGGUGUUUGCAUGAUUCUGCUCUCACUGUUAUUUUCCUAUUUUUCUAAUUCCCUCUGCCCUAAAGGUAAACAUAGUAUACAUAAAACUGAGCAUCGCUUUUUUUUAUUUUCAGAAUUUUUCUAUUCCAAAUGUGCAUCAUGAUUACCAAACUUGUCAUAAUUUGCAUGAACUGUUUGGACCUCCACAAGGCGUUUUUUAACACUUGACUAUGUAGUUCAUGCAUCCAUCGUUAGAUUCAGUGUCAGUAUUUGGUGUUUACUGCUCUACCUGUUUGUCUGUCUUAUGGAACAAAAACAAAUGUUAACACGGUGUACACAUUCAAAACUUUGUGAAGUAUGCGUACCACUUAUGCCUCUACGUACACACAAAUAUCUAUACUGUCAGGAUUUUAAACUGUACAUAGCAGUACCCCUAAGAACUAGUAAUAAUAGUUACAACCUGGAAAGACACAUACAGUAAAGACUACAGGCUGAAUACUGGAAUUUGGUAUGUUGAUAAAAAGGAAAAAGGGAAAACAUAAGAAGUGAUGAGAUGACAAUCUCCUCUUGUAAUGUAAAUGGCUACAUAUGCAUAAUAUUGAUGAGCGUGUGUUUGAAUGUGUUUAUAGGUGAUCUUGUGUGUGUGUGUGUGUGUGUGUGUGUGUGAGGGAGAGAGUCUCCUUGCAUGUAUGAGCGUGUGUGCGUGUGUGUGUGUGUGUGCACAUAUGUGUGUACUGGCAUGCACCUUGCCAGAAUAUUUUAUGUACAUAAAUGUAUCUUGUACAAAAACUAUAUCAAAAUAUGAUAUAAGACUUAAGUAUAUGCUUGUAAAUUAGUCAUCAGUUUGUCCGGUGGAGUUUUGCUUUGAGAGAAGGCUUCAAUGCUUGCCAGCGAAUCUGUAUUGGUCAGUUAAAGCUAUACAGUCCGUGUUGUCAUGCCUUUGUAAGAUAUCCCAUUUAAAUCUAUGAAAAAAAUGACCUUCCAUAUGGUGAAAUGAUUUUUCUUGUCAUUGAAUUUUACUUGAGCCAUUAAAUAUUGAGUCCUCAAAGUA